AUGACUUCCUCCGACCAGACAGUACGUCAAAUUCCAUACUGCGCAGUACAUGAAACGGCGUACGCGCUGGACAUUGUCCUGACGGAUCACUGCUCGGGUCAGUGCGCGCUCUCGAGGCUGGGCGGACCACCUCCGUUCAGGCCAGAUGACUCGAGUCUAGCGGCAUCUUUUCCCGAUCACAAGCCCACGGCCGUUCCUUCUCGGAUUGAAGCUUUCAGUACACUCUAUCGGCCUAUAAAAGACUGGCAGACAAGAUUGGCUAUUCUCCAACCUGGCUCUGCUGGAGAGGCUCCGGCCGUGAAGCUAGUGACGGCCGACUUGGUGCACAAAUCUGGCAUCGCGUUGCACGAGGAGAACAUCCGUGUACCAUACGAAGCGCUAUCUUACUGCUGGGGCUCAGAGAUCAAGGACCACACAAUCCGGUGUAAUGAAUAUCCAUUACUCGUGACAGCCAAUUUAAAUCUUGCUCUACUCAGGCUUCGCCAUGAAACUCGGGCAAGGUAUCUCUGGGUCGACGCAAUCUGUAUCAACCAAGUAGAUGCCGUGGAAAGAGCGAUGCAAGUUAGUAAUAUGCUACUGAUCUACAAGAAAGCUUCCGAAGUCAUCGCCUGGCUGGGAGAUUGCAGUACCAGUGACAUGGAUUUGGCAAUGAACCUCCUGACCAGUAUUCCGGACACGAACUACAUCAAUGCGAGAAUCCACAGUCCCGCAUCUUCGGGCGUACAACGAACGUGUUCGGCUGCUCUACAGUCCAAACGGCUCACGGAUCGGUGCCAUGUCAAGCACAAACGACUGGAGCACGGCCUACAAACAAUGCAUAUGUGUCUGGACCACUCGCAGAAUCUGCUCAAUGGCCUCAUCGCCUUGUUCGAGACCUCGUGGCAGCAUCGGAUAUGGGUUCGGCAGGAAGUAUGGGUCGCAAGCAAUAUCAUCGUCAUGUGUGGCGAGUACAGAAUCCAUGACUGGGAUCGCUUCCGCGCUGCUGCGGAACUGACUGAUCAGCUCCGCCACUGGCACCCUUGGAGAUGGAGUGGAGGUCGACCAGCGUCAGCACUUGGACCACGGACCUGGGAGCCAUCAGCGUUACGGCGAGCUUCUGCUGAGACACUGUCUAGGCUGGACUUGGUGGGCGACAUUGCAAAUCCUCAAUUCUUGGAGGAUGCUGUGCAUGAGCUUGAUCUCUUCAACGCGCUUCGAAGUACGGCGAAUUGCGAAUUUACAAGUGCUCAUGAUCGAAUCUAUGCCAUUCUUGGUAUGACCAGGACCACGCGAUACACGGCUGCAGACGCCCGAGGCCCACACCACUUCCUCUACGGGCCGCAGUACCUUCUUGUGGAUUAUACAUUGCCUAUCAGCGAGCUCUACGAGCACGUAGCCAGAUACUUCGUUCAGCGCGACGAAAGCGUCGUAAUCCUUUGUCUUGCUUCUCAGUAUGGAGGUGAUAUGGACGGUGUAUCGCUCCCUUCAUGGGUCCCGGACUGGAGAACUCUGUCAAGCACGGGCGUGUACAGGUACUGGCUUUACAGUGCUCGCGAGAUCCCAUAUGACACCUCGCUCAGGGGCGACUGCAAGUUGACGAAAUCGGGACUGGCAAUAUAUGGGUCACGAGUGGGCUUGGUCAGCUUUUGCUGGACCACCAAUAGAAGUGAUGGAGAUGAUCUCCGUCUCAGAGUGAUAGUCGUAGACCCCUCACGUCCAGAACAGACAUACCUACUUGCACGCCCCUCGCGACUUCUGCCUACUAGUGGCGACAUAGUCGUACUCGUCACGGGUAUAUAUGGCGUUGUCGCCGUACUGCGACCGCAAGACGAAGAAAGCUGGACAUUUGUAACAGUAAUUGUCCGUGAAGACGAAGCAAGGAAUACCAGACCCCGAGACGAUCGCGAUCGCUGGAACAGUUCAUGGUCUGAGGAGGUGCGUGGGGUACAGAAACGAGUGCGACCAAAGAAGUUUGUACUUACUUGA